GCAGAGGAACCAAUAGGCGAAGAAAAUAAGGCCGGGGUAUGACGUCACCAUGUUAGGCCAAUCACCGGGCGCGUUGGUGGGAGGCCUCACGGAGAGCGCGCCCUGAGGAAGGCCGGCAGGAGAGAGGAAGCUUUAAGUCAAGAUGGAGUCUGCUGGUUGUUCUGCUGCUGCUGUCAGGAACAGGGACGUGGAAUCCCAGCGGGACCUGAGCCUGGUGCCGGAGCGGCUUCAGAGACGCGAACAAGAGCGGCAGCUGGAAGUGGAAAGGCGGAAACAAAAGCGGCAGAACCAGGAGGUAGAGGAGGAGAACAGCAACUUUUUCAUCGCCGCCUUUGCUCGGGAGCAGACGGCCGUGGAAGAGCUUUUGGAGGGCGCGGGAUCGGUGGAGCGGCUGGAGGAGGCGGCCUCUCGGCUCCAGGGGCUGCAGAAACUUCUCAACGACUCGGUUUUGUUUCUAGCCGCUUACGACCUGCGGCAGAGACAAGAGGCGCUGGUGCGGCUGCAGGCGGCCCUGGCCGAGCGGCGUCAGGAGCUGCAGCCCAAGAAGCGUUUCGCUUUCAAGACCCGGAGAAAGGAUGCUGCUUCGUCUGCCAAAGUAGGCGCGGCCCCUGGCAUCCCCCCGGCAGUUGAAAGCAUCCAGGACUCCCCGUUGCCCCCGAAGGUGGGGGGAGACCUCGGCUCCAGCUGGAUCUGCGGUUUCUCCAACCUGGAGUCCCAAGUCUUGGAGAAGAGAGCCAGCGAGUUGCACCAGCGCGACGUCCUUUUGACCGAACUGAGCAACUGCACAGUCAAACUGUAUGGAAAUCCCAACACCCUGCGGCUAACCAAGGCCCACGGCUGCAAGCUGCUCUGCGGUCCGGUGUCCACCUCUGUUUUCCUGGAGGACUGCAGUGACUGCGUGCUGGCAGUAGCCUGCCAACAGCUCCGAAUACACAGUACGAAAGACACUCGCAUCUUCCUGCAGGUGACCAGCAGGGCCAUCGUGGAGGACUGCAGUGGGAUCCAGUUCGCCCCUUACACCUGGAGCUACCCGGAGAUCGAUAAGGACUUUGAGAGCUCUGGUUUAGAUAGGAGCAAAAAUAACUGGAACAAUGUUGACGACUUUAACUGGCUGGCCCGGGAUAUGGCCUCCCCAAACUGGAGUAUUCUUCCUGAAGAGGAGCGAAAUAUCCAGUGGGACUAAGCAGUUGUCAUUCUUCGUCACUCCUACCAAAUCUUUCCAUGUUGGACUUUUCUCCUUAUUGCGUCUCGAAGUUUGCUUAUUGUCACUCUGUGUAUGUUUUCGGUAUUUUAAGGCUUGAGAUUGUAAUGGGCUCCUACUUGUAAUUUCCAUUAAAUUCGUAACAGGUGUAACACUAAA